GUGCGAGAGGAGGCGCCAACCCUGCUGAACCGUUAGGGGUUGGGGUCGCCACGUCUCCCGAGCUACCCCGACCCGAGAGGGACAGGGACCGACCGCCCGGGUGACCACCGCCCACCCACAGAGUCCGAUGGCGGUGGCCGCGCCCAGGGACCCGGCUGAGGGCAGGGUGACCUUUGAAGACGUGGCCGUGUACUUCUCCGGGGAGGAAUGGGGUCUCCUGGACGAGGCUCAGAGAUGUCUGUACCAGGAUGUGAUGCUGGAGACCUUGGCACAUAUAACCUCCUUGGGCUGCUGGCACGGAGCAGGGGACGAGGAGGCACCCGAGCAGAGCGUUUCUGUACAAGGAGUGUCACGGGGCAGGACUUCCAAGGCGGCUGUGUCCUCCCAGAAGGCCCCCCCUCGUGAGGUGUGUGUCCCGGACUUGAGGGAACUUUUACAUUCGACCGAGCACCACGCGACACCUGGUGGACAGAAAGUGCACAAGAUGGGGGCGUGUGACACACAGGUGUAUUUCGACACAGACCUUGGGCACCAGCAGCAGCGCACUGGAGAGAAAUGCUUCGGGAGCAACAGGGGCGGAGCCUCUUCUUGGAAGGACUACACAUUCUGUGUGUCCGGGAAGCCCUUUUCCUGUGGCGAGGUUGUGAGGGACUUGUUGGCGAGCUCGAGAUUCCUCCAGGAUCGGGCCACACACACCAGGGAGAAGUCAGACAGGAGAGCUGAGUGCGGGGCGGCCUCUCACGGAAGGAGAACUCCGUGCACCUCGGGAGAGGGCGCCAAGGACCUCACUUGCAGACACACCCUUGUUCGUCACCAGAGACACCUCAGCAGAGACAGAUGCUUCAUGUGCAGCGAAUGUGGGAAAUCUUUUAGCAAAAGCUACAGCCUCAGUGACCACUGGAGAGUGCACACUGGGGAAAAGCCUUAUGAGUGUGGGCAAUGUGGGAAGUCCUUUAGGCAAAGCUCCAGCCUCAUUCAACACCGGAGGGUUCACACUGGAGCAAGGCCUCACGAGUGUGACGAAUGUGGGAAAUUAUUUAGCAACAAGUCCAACCUCAUUAAACAUCGGAGAAUUCACACUGGAGAACGGCCGUACGAGUGCAGCGAGUGCGGGAAGUCCUUCAGCGAGAGCUCUGCGCUCCUUCAACACCGGAGUGUGCACACUGGAGAGAGGCCUUAUGAGUGCAGCGAAUGCGGGAAGUUCUUUACCUACCACUCCAGCCUCAUAAAACACCAGAGAGUUCACUCAGGAUCAAGGCCCUACGAGUGCAGCGAAUGCGGAAAAUCCUUUACUCAGAAUUCCAGCCUCAUCGAACACCGAAGAGUCCACAGCGGAGAAAGGCCUUAUAAGUGCAGCGAAUGUGAGAAAUCCUUUAGCCAGAGCUCUGCGCUUCUUCAACAUCGGAGAGUUCACACUGGAGAGAGGCCUUAUGAGUGCAGCGAAUGUGGGAAAUUCUUUACUUACAGUUCCAGUCUCCUAAAACACCAGAGAGUACACACUGGAUCGAGGCCUUACGAGUGCGCUGAAUGUGGAAAAUCCUUUACUCAGAACUCCAGCCUCAUUAAACACAGGAGAGUUCACACCGGAGAAAGGCCUUAUGAGUGCAGCGAAUGUGGGAAGUCCUUUAGCCAUAGCUCCAGCCUCAUUAAGCACCGGAAAGUGCACACCGGGUAAGGGCUUGAGGAGUACGGUGAAUUUGGGAAACGUUUACCCGUGUCUUCCAUUUCCGUGACCGUUCAAAUAUUCACACCAGAAAAAAGGCUUUAUGAGUUUUGAAGGUGGGAGAUAUUUACGUCCGUGUCCAAGCUCCUAAAACACCACAAUGUCCCAUCAGAUGAAGGCCCGGGAAUGUGGCCGAUGGGAGAAGGGGCUGACUGAAGUCGAGCCUCGGUGCACUCCAGAGAACUCACACUGAAGAAGGGCCUUAGAAAUGCCGUGACUGUGAGAAAGCCUUCAGCCAAAGGACUGAGCUCAUCGGAGAUGACAAAUUUCAAAUGGGAGACCUACCUGAAAUGUGCAGGUAUACAGCAUUUAGGUGUUCAGUGUGACAGCGCUGGAGGAGAGCCUUUCGGAAGGUGCCAUUUGCCUGGGUUGAACCUCAUACAUCUAAACAUCCACAGAAACCCCAGGGAUGUGGCAGCUGCAGUGCACUUUGUUAACCUGCCCAGGGCCAUGCCCCAAUGUCAGGGCAGGUCCCAGAUGACCAUGAACAGCCCGAGUACUUGCUCCUUCCCCAGUGUCAGGGCAGGUCCCAGAUGACCAUGAACAGCCCCAGUAUUGCUCCUUCCCCACUUUUCCUCUCUGAGGAGGUAGGGCAUGGAUCUCACCCAGUUUUGGCCUAGAGGACUGUUGGUGCAUUGAAAAGGUGGACUGCAUGUCUCAGGGCUGUUAUUGUCCUCGUGACUCUAGAGAUGGAAACCCCAGCCUCCCAAGUCACCAACCCAGCAGUCACCCUCCCAUUGCUCUUGUUUGUACCAUAAUAAAGGUCUUACUGUUUAAGUCACUGUUAA